CAACUAUCACAGGUUUGCAUUUCCUCAUCAGUGCAACCGCAUUCAGGCUUUUCCGGUCCUUCUGUGCGUCCCGGUGAUCGCCGCUUCUGUGAUGAUGAGGAUGAGACUGUCCUGUUAACGGAUACCCGGACUGUUGAAGCCUGGCAGCCUUUUCUCCCCGGAUCUUAGGAAAUCGACUAAAGCUCCAUGACCCUACUCUAUGAAGACAGGGACACAUCUAACCUGCUGUAGUUUAUCAUCUUGACAUGAUGGGGGGUUCAUUCUGGAUUUCCCAUGGUGCUACUGAAGCCCUGUUCAGGGGAAAGAGCUUCAUGGCUGUUCUAUCUCUGGCUCUGUUGUUGCCAACAGUGAGAAUCAGUGCACAGAUGAAAGGUGGCCCUUUGGACUGCGAUGAGACUUGUGUGUGUGCCAGCAACAUCGUCAGCUGCUCCAAGAUGAAUCUAACCAACGUACCCACCCCUCUUCCAAAUUAUACAGCUGUUCUGGAUCUCAGCUUUAACAACAUCACCAGGCUACGUGCUGGGUGGAACCCCGAAUCACUAAACAAGUUACACAGUCUGAUCCUCAGCCACAACAACCUCACGUUCCUUUCCUCUGAGGCCUUUGUGUUUGUGACCAAGCUCCGUUACCUGGACCUUUCUUUCAAUGGCCUUCGCCAGCUGGACGAGUUCAUCUUUGAGCCGCUGGAGCACCUGGAGGUGCUGCUGCUUUACAGCAACUGCAUCUCUCAGGUAAAUCGCGCAGCCUUCUCUGGCCUCGACAACCUGCAGAGGCUCUACCUGAGCCAGAACAAGAUCUCACGCUUCCCGUUGGAGCUGGUGAAGGAUCGCACUAGGCUGAAGGCUCUUAGACUGCUGGAUGUGUCCUCCAACAAAAUCAAAACCCUGCCCCUCAAUGAGCUAAAGGCUCUGCCUGCCUGGAUCAAGAACGGCCUGUACUUCCACAAUAACCCCCUGCCCUGCACCUGUGAUGUGCACGACCUGGUAGCAAGCUGGCACCUCAAGGAGCUCAGUUCUACUAUGGACUUCAAAGACAGCCACACUUGUUUGUUACCAGGCCUACAGAAAGAGAAAAUGGCCAUACUGGAUCUUGACAAGGUCUAUUUGAACUGCAGUGAGGUCACGGUUAUGGGCAAAGAAGCCUAUCUGGAACAGCUCCUGGUCCUGGACUGUGACAGCAGGGAGAGGGACAUGCUGAAGAACUGGGUGCUGCCUGGAAACAUCCCUCUGUCUCCGGCCAUGAAAACUGCUGUGAAGCGUCAUGAUGGCAGCCUCCGGCUUGGGCCCCUGAAGGCAGAGGACUCUGGGGUAUACACCUGCUAUGCCACAAGUGACUCCUUUAAUGAGACGCUGUAUGUUACUGUAACUGUGUUUAAUUCCACUAAAAGUGGUGGGCUGGAGAACCUCAAAACGGCCUACACCACACUAAUAGCAUGUCUGAUCAGUUUAGUUAUGGUUCUCAUCUACCUCUAUCUCACACCGUGCCGCUGCGCAUGUUGUCCAGGACAAGGUCUGGAGAAAAGCGACAGUUUCCACUCUUCAACUGUGAGCAUCUCUCAGGCACAUGAGGAGAUGGGGCAAGGUAGAGGGGAAGGCAGAGGCUUUGCUUACAGACAUGUGGCCUUCAUUCAACCCAAGGACCCGCUGGAGCAGAAUGGGAGGUUGAACCCAAUAGAGGAAGACGAGGAGUGUCAGGGGGAUAACAGGGAGAGAAGGAGGUCUGACGCAGAGUCUGUCAGCUCAGUGUGCUCAGAUACCCCCAUGGUGGUGUAAAGUCAGUGUCCCAGCCUGCAGGCUAAGACAGUGUUGGCUCGAACCAUGUGGCUCCUACACAGAGAUUAGUAGGCACUGUUACAGUAGCAUGUACUGUUAAAAAAACACAUGAUCAGAAACAUUUAUUGAUAAAAAAAAACAAUUUAGAAACAGCCCAAAACAUAGUGAUAAUGCAGAAACAUGUGAUUUCUGUAAAAGAUGAAUUAGUGUGAAGGUUUCUGAAAAUCAUUGUCAGGCCCUGGAAGAAAUUGCUACGCAAGUUACUGUUUAAAAUAUUUAUUUAAAUGUUUUUAGGGUUUCUUCAAAAAUAUAAUACUAACACUUAUAACUUGGAGACAACAAACAGCAUGAAAACAGCUUGCAUCUGAAUAACCUGAGGCUGCACUUUAGAUUUAAGUUAUCCAGCUAGUUAAUGCACUGGGGAUCAAUGUUCUACAAGAUUAUACGUUUUAAACAUGUUGGACAAAAGUUGCUGCUUGAAAAGGUAGUUAUGCAUUUUAUGCAGAGCUCACCAAAUAAGCACCGCAAGAUGCUUAGAGGUGCACUGUCAGAUAUGGCACACAUUUAAGUUAAAAAAGGACAUCAACGGAAUGUGAAGUGGUUACAAACAUUAUGUCCAAGACGUCUAUUCAUUGUGUUCCAGAGAUACCUAAUCUUCUCGGAGUUUCAGCAGUUUGGUUGAAUUUUGCAUAUUCUUGCCCUGCUGUAAGUAGUUCAAGGACCUAGUUCUAGCGGUAAAAAAAAUGACCACUACAUGUAGCCAUGCAUUUUACAUUACACCCCUAAUAUUAUUGCAAUUUUACAUUCCUGUUUGGUUUUGAUGCCUUUACAAAAAAUACAGUAAGGUUUACUGUUAUGCAAUUUUUUCAAUUUACAUUAUUUAAGAUUUGAGUGUGACCUAAUGCUCAGUUAAAUACAGUAUGUGUGUUGGCAGUGACUGAGCUUCUGAUGUAGUGUUUGUUUUUUUAAAUACUGCUCUAUGCAAGCGUUUUUUGGAUACAGCAUAGUAACAGAAUCAUUAAUCCAGCCUUAUUAUGAUACAUUGUAUUUUUACUGUAAUUAUAUUUUAUCCAGAAUCAUUAUUUAUAUUUAAUGUAGGUUGAUUUGUCUCUCCGUAACAAGAAACAUAUAGUCACAUUGAUUUCCUGAUUUGCAAUAUAAACAUUACCCAUGUGGUCUGCAGAAAUUUCAGUUUAAGAGUUGUCCACUGUCAGUGUAGCUGCUAUCGAUUUCAGCCUCAGUUCUUCAGUUUGAACUGUUUACAAAAGGUUAAUCAUGUUCAAAUGUACUAACUUCCAUAUAUAACCCUCUUUUAUCGUCACAAUGCAGUGAAAACAAUAUGUUCAGUGUGUGACUCACACUGCUGACAUCCGGUCCCAAUAGAAUGUAAAUAGCAGCACAACACGAGGGGGAAAACUGAGAGCGAGUAUUACCCACUGAAUGUUUCUGGGCAUUAGUGCCCAACCCUCCACAAAUCAGCAAAUGCCAGCCAGACAGCUAGCAGUCUCAUAAACACCAUCAGAAAUAGCAGCUAAUAGUGCAACCAACAUGCAGGCGGCACAGAUGGGAUGUGAAUAUAGAAGUAGCCGUUUUCAAACACGUUUUUACAUUACUUACAUUGCUUAAAUACUUUCAAACUGUUGAUUUUAAAAGAUGUAAGAGAUUCAGUCCCUGAAAAACAUGUUUUCUGAAACCUAAAGUCACUCUAGCUCUACUGUGAAUAAACAACUGUCACAAAACACAUUUGAAAGUUAUAUUAAUGAUAUAAAUAGAAUAACUGAGAGAAGCAUUUUAAGCAAAACACAAUCCCAGAUGAUGUAGCAAUGUACACUAACUGUACUCUUACUUUGAAGGAACUAUUACCUUAUACUAUCACUCCUUGUGGUGCCUUUUCAAGAUAAGCUGUGGUGAAUAAACACCCUAUAUUACAUGUCUUUUUAGGAAUUAUAGCACUAAACACACACUUAUGAAGUUGUGUGUGUGUGUGGUUUGGUAGAAUUAUAAUGUAGCUACAUCAUGAGGAACUUCAUUGACUUCUAUCUCUCACACAUAUCCACUGUAUGCUAAUGUUGUACACUUCUUGUUUUUCCUGUGAAAGUUAAUUUUAACCAAAGACUGAGUUAUAUACUGAGAAUUAUAACCUAAGUGUUCAGUGUUUACAGUCAGCACAGUUAUAUUUAUGUUGUUUUUACCAAGUGUAUUUUCAUAGUUUGAGUUCAGCCACAACUGAUAUUUUUAUAUAUGCAAUCCUGUAUAAGGACUUAUUGUAUUUCAUUAUUUGCUGCAAUAUAUCUUGUCUGUUAAUGUAUUGUACCUGUAUUUCAUAUACUAAAACGAAACAUGGCAACUAA